AUGCAUCCAUCAGCAAUGCCGAGUCGGCACAAGUGGUUGCGUCACAGAUUGCUGGUGCCGUCUCGCGUGAUGCGCCGCGCCCUGCUGCCCGCGCCUCCGCCCCGGCGCAAACGUCACGUGUAUGCAUGCUAUCCCCUGCACGUGCAUACGCCGAUGAAGCCGCUUCUACCAGCCGAUCCGCCACUUCGAAACUCGAGAGGCGACAGUUCAUCGGGUCGAAGAUUGGACGACAACAUUAUAACAGAACAAGAUGCCCGUAAACGUUUCGAGGGGUCUUUACUGAAGUUUGAAGCCAAAAAAGGCGACCUUCCUUAUUCCACUUUGACCCCUUACGUGGACAAAGAAGAUGAAGAACAAAUUAAGAUAAUAAACAAUCUGAAGUCGAGAUCGAGGGAACAGCUGAAAGUGAUUCAAAAUCUUAUUAAUAGAGGACAAAUGCAGAAUAUGACUGCAAAUACUGAGAACAUUCCCACACUGAACAUUGUCUCCCAACAAUAUGACCAACAACCUAAUAGAAGACUGAUGAAGUAUAAUGAAAUACAGCAAUUUACUGUACCCCUCUUACCCUUUCAUAAUCUAGCAACUAAAGGCGAGUCCCUGAGAGAGUACGUCCCCGAUCAAGGAGUCGGUGAUCCCAUUAAAUGGUACUAA